AUGCUUCCCAACAAGCAUUUUUCUGAUGCUCAAAUGGACAGACUUAAAUGGGUUUACGGCAUUAUGAAAGGGUAUAAUUUGAAUGUGGGGGAUAUUGUUCGAGUGACCUUUGACAUUAUGGUUGAGGGAUCUUCCGGUGGAGGACUUGGGUUGGCUGGAAUAAUCACUGAUCUAUGUGAGAAACAUGGAGUACCACAGUACUCAUAUGAUACAAAGGCACCGCCACAGCGCCCUAUUAACUUGGCGACUGUUCUUCGCUUCAAACCUCCUCAUCCUCAUGGUCAACCGCCAGUUCAAGGAGGUCCUCCGGCAAGAGAAGAAGAGGAACGUGAGGACAUCGAACCACCACGUCUUGUCGGGCCUCUUGACCCUGCCAUGCACAACAUUAUUUUGAGUCUUUUCUCUCUGUCUAGAACAGCUUUUUCUGUGGUUAACACCAUUAGACCAUCAGAAUCUAUGAGAGAUAACAACACAGCUUUAUUGGUAUCCAAAGAAGGAAAGUUUGAAUUGGGAUUCUUUACUCCAACAGAUAGUUCAUCAAACAAUCGUUAUUUGGGAAUUUGGUAUAAGAACAUUGCAGUUCAAACUGUUGUUUGGGUUGCAAACCGAUGUGAACCAAUCAUUGAUUCAUCUGCCUUGUUGACUAUAGACAACACAGGAAAUCUUGUGCUUUUUUCAGGCAAGAACAAUAAGAGUGUGCUCAUUUGGUCUACAAACUCCCCGAAACAAGCCCGGGAACCACUUGUUCAGCUCUUGGAUAACGGUAACUUGGUUUUGAGAGAUGAGAAAGAUGCAAACACAACAAAAUAUUUAUGGGAAAGCUUUGAUUAUCCUACUGAUACAAUGAUACCAGGAAUGAAAUUGGGAUGGGACUUGAAGAGAGGUCUAAAUAGGCGAUUAUCGUCGUGGAAGAGCUCUGAUGAUCCUUGUCAUGGAGAUUUCACUUAUGGGAUUGAGCUUGAUGAACCACACCAUGACCAUACAUACCCUCAACUAUUUAUCCGAAAUGGAUCAGCAAAAUUGUUUCGCGAAGCGCCAUGGGAAGGCAUAAGUUUUAGUGGAGAUUCUAGUACUGGUUAUGUAUCAGUUUAUUGGUACAGUGGUCUUUACAACUUUGUCAACAAUGAUGAUGAAGUUUACUACAGUUUCAGCCUCCUUAAUGGAUCAAAUAUUGUAAGACUUGUCCUAACCGAAACAGUUGAAUACACAGAAUGGUUAGAAGAAGAAAACAGUUGGAGUUCCUCUUAUUACACCAUUCCAGGAGACAAAUGUGACAAGUAUGGCAUCUGUGGAGCUAACUCGGAAUGUAUCAUAACAAAUAAUCAAGUAUGCAAAUGUUUAGAAGGUUUCAAGCCAAAAAAUCAAGAAAAUUGGAACUCAAUGAUGUCUUGGUCAGAAGGGUGUGUGAGAAACAGUUCUGUGAGCUGUGAUACAAAAGAGAAAGAUGUAUUCAUUGGCUUUUCGAGCUUGAAAGUGCCCGAUAGUCAGUAUAUUCAGUUGAGUAAGGGCGAUAAUCAAGACGAAUGCAAGGCGAAAUGCUUGAGCAAUUGCUCUUGUAUGGCUUAUAGUUAUACAGAGUCAGAUGAAGGCAGUGACUGUGUCCUCUGGUUUGGGGAUCUGUCCGAUAUUCGACAACUUAGUUCUGAUGGACAAACUGUAUACAUUCGAAUACCAUUUUCACCAAAAGUUCCAAAAAUGAAUCAUGAAAUAGCAAGAAGUGAUCAUAAGAAAGUAGUGAUACUUGUAGCUGUCAUCGUUGGAUUAGCUGGUGUGAUUAUUUCAAUUGCGUUCUACAUUCUUAGGAGGAGACACUUCAGUGAGAGAAACAAAAGCCAAGACGACGACUUGGAGGUUCCAUUUUUCGAUCUACAUACAAUUAGUGUUGCCACUGAUAAUUUUUCAGAGGCUAAUAAGCUUGGAGAGGGUGGUUUUGGACCUGUAUACAAAGGUAUGCUAGACGGAGGUAAAGAAAUCGCUGUGAAGAGACUAUCAAUGUGUUCUGGACAAGGAGCUGAUGAAUUCAAAAACGAAAUUAAACUAAUUGCUAAGCUUCAACAUCGAAAUCUUGUAAAGAUAUUCGGUUAUUGCAUUCAUAGAGAAAUGAAACUAUUGGUUUAUGAGUACAUGCCCAACAAAAGCCUUGAUUAUUUCAUUUUUGAUGAAAGGCAAAAAAGAUUAUUAGAUUGGCCUAAGCGUUUCCAAAUUGUAUGUGGAAUUGCUAAGGGGCUUCUCUAUCUUCAUCAUGAUUCGAGAUUGAGAAUUAUACAUCGAGAUCUCAAAGCUAGUAAUGUAUUACUUGAUGAAGAGAUGAAUCCCAAAAUUUCAGACUUUGGCUUGGCUAGAGCUUUUGGUGGAGAUCAAAUAGAAGGAAUAAACACAAACAAAGUUGUAGGAACUUAUGGUUAUAUGGCACCAGAAUAUGCUUUCAAUGGCCUCUUCUCAACAAAAUCAGACGUAUUUAGCUUCGGUACAUUAAUGCUUGAAAUUGUAAGUGGAAAGAAAAGUAGAGACCUUUACGAUAAAGAUAGCAUUCUCAACCUCAUCGGAUUGGCAUGGAUUUUGAUGAAAGAAGGCAACACAUUUAAGCUCAUCGACAAGUGCUUGUUGAAAGAUCCACACGACAACAUGGAAGAAGCAUUACGUUGCAUCCACAUCGGCCUUUUGUGUGUGCAACAAAAACCAGUUGAUAGGCCUAAUAUGUCUACCGUUAUUCUAAUGUUAAGUGAUAAGAGUGUGUUGCCUCAACCUGAACCGCCAGCCUAUUUCACUAACACAGAUUUGCGGGAGGGAGAUCAUUCUUCCUCGCCUAAGCCCCCGUCAUGCAAUACAAGUAUAACAAUUGUCGAGGCGCGAUGAGAAAUUAUACAACAAAUCGAAGUUUCCCAUGUGAAUGUUGGGAAUUUGAUUCAUUAGAGUUUCUCUAUAUUUCAUACAAAAUUGCAAGGA